AUGCCAACAGAAGCUUUCCACCACCUCAGUCAUGCUCAAUUUACAAUCGCAAUUAUAUGCCCGCUUCCCCUGGAGGCAGAAGUGGCGAUACCGCUGUUUGACACGGUCUACGAUAGAACUGUCUAUGAAAAAUACGGUCCUGUAUGAAACGACCCCAAUCACUAUACGCUGGGCCGCAUUGGGUGUUACAAUGUGGUUCUGGCCCACAUGGGUGGUUGUGGGAAAGCCGAAUCGUCCAGCGUGGCCAGUAAUAUCAAACAAAGCUACCCGGGCAUCGAACUGGCCCUUCUAAUAGGGAUCUGUGGAGGAGUGCCUUACAGGACGGACGUGGGUCCAACACAACGCAGGAGAGAUGUUUUCCUCGGCGAUGUGAUAAUUAGCAGCGCGAUUAUUCAAUAUAAUUUGGGGAAUAGACUCCCGCACCGAUUUGUGCGCAAGAAUACGUUAGAGUCCAAUCUAGGGCGAGCGAGUCUGCAGAUCCUCAUUCAUGACCUGCUUAGAGUCGCGUCAUGGCGACCUCUCCAAAGACCAACAGGGGCAUCUUCAGACUAUACAAGGUAGCAAGGAUGUGCCAUAUCCUGGUAUCAAAAGCGAUAUCCUAUUUAAAGCUGAAUACAAGCAUCGCGUACGCUGUCUGUGUAUGAGUGAUGCCAGCGGGGACCCAAGUGUCGUGGACCGCCGUCGUGUGCACUCUGAUGGGACUCCGUAUAUCCAUAUUGGCCGGCUUGCCUCUGGAGAUACUGUGAUGUGCUCUGCCAAGGAUCGAGACAGAAUUUCUAAGCGCGAGGAAGUUCUUGGUUUUGAGAUGAAAGGGGCUGGCGUAUGGGACAAUAUCCCUUGCAUCCUGAUCAAAGGAGUAAGCGACUACGCUGAUAGCCAUAAGAAUGAUACUUGGCAAUACUACGCAGCUGCGAGUGCAGCGGCUUGCAUGCGUGCUCUCCUGGAUCAGAAUCCCAUUUCAAAUGCGACAUCAUCAGCGGGCCUGGCCCAGGGUAUGUAAGCAACUUUUGUGUUCAUAGCUUCCACUAGGUUCUUUUAGCUGUGUACUUUACUGAGCGUCAAAUGAUUUCCUGGCAGAUAUAAUUACCUCCCAGUUAAAUCCGCGAAAAAGACCCGCAGAGACUUUUGAAGACUCCAGUAACGAACGAGAAAAGGCGUGCCUUGAUCUGUUAACCUUUCCCCAUGCCCAGUAUCGCCUGGACGAGAUUAUGGAUCCCCUUGAUACGACAUGCACUUGGGUAUUAGAACGAC